GGAAACGCGGUCGGUAGUUGAAAUAAAACUUUCAAACAUGGCGGAUGUUUUGUUUGUGUGAGAGGAUGGUUAUACGUUGUGCAAAAUGUUUAGAGUCAAUCGUUUUGUUGUUCUUCGUUUGAUUUUUACCAAUUAAGUGGGAGUAUUGAGUGAGAAGAUGAAUAUUAAUCAACAUCAUACAAAGUGAAUCGACAGACGUGAAAAAUGAAUGCAACGAGUCUUUAUGUGUCUACGUGUCGCCUGGUAUUGCAAGCCGAUUCGGAGGAUCCAAAUUCUUGGACCGAUUUAUACAGGCUCGUACCAUAUCUGCGCCAGAGUUUGAGUUGCACAGUGUGCUCUAAUCUUCUUAUAGAGCCGCUCACACCAACCGAAACCAAUUGUCAACAUCACGUGUGUCGUUGUUGCCGUGGUGGACGUAAAAAAUUAAAGCCAUCCUGCGGUUGGUGCAAAGAUUAUGACAAAUAUGUGGAGAAUGUGCAGUUGAGGAUACUGUUACAGUGUUAUAAAAAACUCUGUGAGUAUCUCACGAGUACAAGUAUUUACAGAAAUCUUAUUCUUUCUGUGUCGUCCAAUGUAACGAGCAAUGGGGCAUCUAGUGUGGGUGCUGGUAGUCUCAUGGAACUCAUUCAGGAGGGCACUGGUUUCAAGGAUGAGUUUAAAAGCAAUGCUGGAUUAUCAAAAUCCGCUUAUAGCAUACUCCCUUGUGUUUAUACGAGUACCACAUCGACACAGACUCAAGGAAAUACCAUUCAAGCCUCUAGCGAAACACUUCCACAAAACGUACCUGAAUCACCUGCAAUUAGAACUGUCUCCAAUGGCUCCUCAAUAUAUUCUGUGAUGUAUGCUGGCUCUGGUAAUAAGAUAACGAUAAAAAGAAAAGCUGCAGCUGUGGAAGACACUGAUGUUAUACAGCAGGAUGACGGAACAACGCGGACUAAUGUAGGAGGGGUAAAAUGCAUUCCAUCUUCACAUCUUUCAUACGGAACUACUCCUCCGAAAAAGUCUUCGAAGGGCAGCAAAUCUACGGCGGGCUUUAAAAAGCCACGAUCUAGUUCAACGAGAAGUAAGAGGAAAGGUUGCCGCUGUGGUAAUGCAACAGCAAUACCUGGGAAAUUGACGUGUUGUGGACAAAGGUGUCCGUGUUACGUUGAAAGUAAACCCUGCAUAGAGUGUAGAUGCAGAGGAUGUAGAAAUCCACACACUGCUGAUGGACUCAAGAUCCGGCCUCACAUCCCAGAACUCCACAAUCUCCAAUUGCAACUAUCAACACCUCUUGACUGUGACACCUUAACCGCAGAUCCUUUGAGCUCAGUGCAACAUCUCUCCACCUCACCAACAACAAUUCAAGUACUAAACGUUUAUUCCACUCCUCGAUUAGACAUUGACAAUGUCCCCCAGAAUCUUCCAGCAGCAUUGUUAGUCGGUGAAGAUGCAAUGGUAAGUACCGAGAGUGAGGCGGAAGACAGUGAUAUACAAAUUGACGUGUGACAACGCAAUUGAUAACGCCUCUCAGCGUUUAUCUGAUUUCAUCAAGUUAUAUCGAAUUGGUGUUACUACGAUGGUUAUUACGAGUAGCGUUUGAAAGUUAUUUACCUCGCGAUAAUUUUUUUGGAGCGUAAAAUUUGUAUAAAGUGUAAAAGUCUGUAAUCAUAGGAACUGUGUGAUUAGAUAGUUUUUUAAGUAGAACCAUUGUAAGAAUUACAGAUUUUUUGUACAAUUCUAUCUAAUGCCGAAAGCUCUACUUCAAUAUGAUUCUUUCAAUCACUGCGAUUGAUUGUAAGAGAAAUCUCGACACCCAAUGAAAACAGCAAGUAUAUAACUUAUAAAAAAUUCGUGAACGAAGUCAAUGGAUUCGUUCACGUUUGAUUUUAAAUGCCCACUUCAUAUUCAUCUGUAAAAAUUCAUCCAUAAUAAGUUGAAGCACGAAGAAACCGAUAACACCGUCGACUGAAUUUGUCAUAUACAAAUUUUCAUUGAUGAUGAUCAUUGAAUAAACAUGACUUCUGAUGAUCAGAAAGUCAGAAUUUGAUCAGAUUUGAUGGAAUUAAUAGUUCGGAUUUUCUAUUUAAUUCAUCAGUAACGAGAUAAUCCCAGUGAUCCAUUUAUCCUUUUUUUCUUCUCUCUCAUCACAUGAUUGAUGAGAUAGUUUUGUAUAGGGAGCACCGAUUUUUCAGAAUCACUGUUGUGCACUAAACUAUAAUUCCAGUAUGUAAAUUACAACCGUAAAAGUUGACAGAAUAUCUAGAUUUUUUUUAAGAAUGAAAUCAAUUUUUAAAUACAAUUACGUGGAUCGUUGUGUAGUCUACCUAUUAGGUACUUAGAAAUUGUACAUUUAUUAUGAUUGUUAAUUGGCAUCGACAAGGCUCGAAUUCCAAGAUUUAUUGUCUUUUCAUUAAGGAAAUUGGAAUAUUGGUAAAGAAACAUUAAGCAAAGAAAAUCUAGUACAAAAUUUUGAAUUUAUAUAAAUUAUAAUUUGAAAGGUUUCAAUCAUACACGUGUCAAAUGGCCUUGAAUAUUCAUGAAUGAAUAGUUUUCACAGAUGUGGUGGAGCGCACUUUAUUUACCAGAGUAACACUUCGUAUCAGUAAUAAGUAAUUACGUUACAUAACUACAGAAAAAUGGAAAAAAACUGGAUGAGAGGGUUAUUAAUGUGAUUGAAAUUAACUGGCGUAGUAGUUUUUGUUCAUCAUGUAUCCCCGUAGGUACAUGCGCGAUGUCAUCAAAUGGACGAGGAGAAUAAACAUAUUUUUUACUUA